AUGGCAGCACAAGACGCGGAAGCUCAUACCACUGCCGUGGAUGGCAGCGUCACGGCCAGCGAUACUGGUUUGAAGGAAGUGCACAAGAAGCCUCACAGUCACAAUCUGUGGCCAUGGGGACACAGCGACACCCAAGACGACUUGAGCGACCCUGAGCCAAAAGACGCUGACAGAGCAAAGGGUGAGGAAGAGCACAAAGAAGACUCGGACCAUGCUGGCCUUUUGAGCUCCGUGACCGAGGGUCUAAAGAACCUGGGCACCAAGAUGAGGGGAAAGAGUCACAGAUUCAGCGACCUCUUGCGCUUGCACAAAGAGGUGAGGCGAGGCAGUCUGCUUCUCGUGUGGAUAGGAGGGAGCAUUCAUAGCACUGCUUGACCACUGCUAUCGCGUGCAGGUUGUCCAAGAUUUGUCAGACACUACAACGUACCCCGAGCUUCUCAAGGACGCGCAUCUACGGUGAGAUUUUGCGCUCGCAGCGGCUUCGUGUUUGCCCCGCUCCGCGUGUGCUGAGGCUCACAGCCAGUCCAUCUGAUACAGCCGGGAGAACACAUUGGGCCAGCAAGAAGCGGCAGCUCUUGCCGCUCGAAAAGCAUGGAUCGCAUCAUCAGGGGCGCUCAGACGAUUUUUGCAGCUAAAUGAGUCGGAAGAGAUUCAUCCCGAAGAUGUGCCUGUGGUCGGUUUGGGUGGUAGCGGAGGUGGAUACAGGGCCAAUCUGUGAGCAACACUCGCAAUAAUCGAGUAACCUCAGCACUUCUGCUCACGCAGUGCCUACAAUCCGCAGAGGCUUCCUCUCCUUCAUCGAGGAGAUGCAGGAACCUCCAGCUGGACAAGAUGUUGGUGGAUUGUUCGACCUUUGUGCCUAUGUAGCAGGUGUGAGCGGUAGCUGUUGGUCAUUAGGAUCGCUCUUCACCUUUGCUGCUCUCGACACCCCUUGGCUGCUGGACCACUUCAAGGCCACUUCGAGUCGCCAUCCGCUCUCGAUGGGCGCAAUCGAUGCGAUCGCAAGGAGCGCAAACGGCGUGUACUUCCAGCUGGCGCCGCUCCUUUCCAAAAUGAAGCUCGGGUUGCACCCCGGACCGCUGGAUUUGUACGGCACACUGGUCACCAGCCACAUCUUCUUCUCUCCCGUGCACCCUCCGACCCUCGAGGAAGGAUAUCCCACGCCUCCCAACAGACGCACGCAAAGACCAGACUCGCACAUCAAAGAGGACACCCCAGUCGCCCUAAAGAAAGAGUGGUUUCAAUGGUCUAGAUGCUACGAGCGAAUGGGCAUCGACAAGGGACUGUCUCCCAUGCCCCUCUUCACAGCCGUGCGACACGAGCGCCCUUGGAAAGUGAGCUGCUGUGCGCAAGCUUGCGAGUCGUGCUCCUAUACUGACACGGUGCAUGCUGUUUACAGGAUUGGAAAUCGCCGACGGAAGCUUUUGGAGGUCAUUCUGAUCACACCAGCUCGGUGCACAAGGAUCCUCAUGCUUGGUGGCAAGUGAGUCUGGCCGUUCGUGGAGUUGACCCGAGUGUCGCUGGUUUGACUUCGUAUGAUUCUGGCCGCCUCACCUCUAGUGGUUCGAGAUCAGCCCCUGCGAGUUUGGUGUGUACGCAACGGCAGUCACGCUCAUAUAGACAAGUAUGACCCUGAGCUGACUGCCAUGGCGCGUGCAGGCUCUGAUGAGCUCGAAGGCUGGGUCCCGACAUGGUCCUUUGGCCGCAAGGUGAGUCUGGUCGUCCCAAACAAUGCUUCACAGCGCAGCUAAUCCCGCACGAUGUGAGCUACGCAGUUUGACAAAGGAAUCAGCACGCAGAAGUGCCCCGAGAGGAGCAUCUCACUGCUGCUGGGACUUGCCACCAGCGCACCAGCCGGUCCUCUCGCCGCCUGGCUAGGUACCAUCUAGUAUGUUUUCCUUGCGCUUGCCCCAUCACUUCGCACAUAGCUCUCCACUUACUCUCACCUGGCCACUCCCGAAUCAUCAUCAGUCGAAAUCUUCCAAAGGGUGCCAUUGGCAACAAGAUUCGUCAAGAAGCCGACGAGUGGGUCGAGAAAAAUCCGGAGAAGGCUGAGCGUCUGCAGUCGCAUCACCCUGUCCAUGCUCAAAACGAGGCCAAUCCUUUUUUUGGGGCAGAAGUGCAAGAGGGCCGAGGAAACGGCUUCGAGGUGAGGCUAGCUCCAGGGCUCUCCAGCGGCCUUCUGCCUUGCUUGCUCACCUCGGCAAUCUUUCCCGUGCAGAACUCGCCAAGAAUUCACCUUGUCGACGCAGGAAUGAGCAACAAUUUGCCAAUCUACACUUUCUGUCGACCAGGCAGGGACGUCGACAUCAUGCUUCUGGGAGACUUUAGCAGUGAUGUGCAAAAAGGCUCAGCACUCGAACGAAUCCAAGAAUUUGGGGCGGAGAAGGGUUACCGCGUCACUCCUCGUGCGAACAUGCCAUCUUUGCCGGAUUGGCCUACAGAGAAGAACGAGAAAGGCGAAGACAAGCCAAAGGAGCUGUCUGCAGAGGAGAUUGCGAGUCGAUUUGCCGGCCGAUACGCGCAGGUUCUGGAUGCCGAGCCUAUUGCAGAAGAUCAAAGGACCGAAGAGCAAGGGAAGACGUACGAGCGAGAUGGUAUCCGCUACAAUCAUAGUAUGUCCCCGAACAGAGAAUCACAUCAAGCUUGAUCUGGCGCUGAUCGAGUCACAUUCAAACGCUUCUGCAGGACAUCAGCCUCAAGCUACAAAAGCGUGCAAGAUGAUAUACAUGCCGCUGCUGCCUCAUGCAUGCCAGCCAAACUACGAUCCCUCCACGGCACCUUUCUCGAGCAGCUACAAUCUCGAAUGGACACCAGAGCAGGUGAGGAUUGACGUUUUUCUUAUCUAUUGCGACCGCACGCCGACUCAUGGUUGCGAACUACUCCGCAGGUCGAAACCAUCCGCAAAACGGCUCGUGCAUGCGUGGUGAGUCGCUACAAAGUUACAAACAAUGGCUCAAUGUCUGGCAAUUGACGGCCUACGUCUAAUAUACGCACCAGGCCGAAGGUCUGAGUGCUAUCCGAGAGGAAGUGCGCGCGGUCUACGGUGCCAAGAAGGCAGCUAGACUCGCUGCAACAGUCUAA